CUCGCUUCGGCGUCGAGCAGGAAGACCAGUACUAUCGCCUCAUGCAUCACGGCUUCACUCAUGAUGCUCUCUGAAUAUUGAAUAUCUGAAUACUGAAUCCGGAUCCUAGGAUCCCAUUCAUCUGUGCCAGCUACACUCUAUCAUAGUUGUCGGGAUAAUUUCCAGGGUGCACACAGGGCCGCCCAGUGCUCACCUGGUAUUGACACUCAUCGAUCGUACCGAUAUGUCGCACGAAGGUCAAGAUUCCUGACGCUGGCUUGAAGACAGCCUUUGUCCUUAGUCCCUCAGUACUUCUAACUUGCCCCUUCAGCUCACCUCUCAACCACCAUGGCGUCCGCAAGGCCUACCUAUAGUUUUAAGCCGAACGGAAACAAGCUCUCCUUCACCGUCCCGUCUGCUUGGUAUGCAGUCGUUUCUUCCGUAAGUGCACAUGAUCUUCGUUCUUGCUCGAGGACUUAAUGCUGCGUUGGACGUUGAGACUGCGAACAGAGACUAUGCGCAGUCCAUGCGUGUGUCCUACAAUGUGAUGGGAUCCAGGCAGAGUGUCUUCACCAGUCCACCGCGUGUGGCAAACCAGCCGAUGAAGCUGGACGGAAAUGGGAGUGACUCUCUAUCCAUCCCAGCGCAGGAUGUCUCCUCGAACGUGGAUGUUGAAUUCUUCUUCUCUCGUGGGGCGAGCGGAGAGACACCCUCCAACGGAAUCUUCGUCGUCAAGGUGAGCGCAACUGCGAGAUGCUCUCUGCAGGGAUACUCAUUAAAUAUGGCCAAUGCCACAUAGGCAGGCCAGGAACAAAACGAUCAGGGCAGAGCCAGUGAAGGCGGCAUCGACACGAUGACUCUCUUCGCUUUCGUCGAAGAUGCGUCGCACCCCACCGGUACCUCGGAUACCGGAGCGUACAACGACGCGUGAGCAUGUGCUCAUUCUACCCGUGAUUGACCCCGCUGAACGAUCGAUGCGCCUCUUUCAUAUAGGGCUGCGUUCGUCCAUCUGCACAAGAAGUUCGAAUUUUAGAUGUACCACCUUCUCUUAUUCCGAAUGUUGGCUGCUCGCUACCGAAACUCGACUUUAGCUUUGGGUGUAAAAAUGGAACGUGCAGAAUAUACCUUGCAGCGUAGUGUGCGGCAACAGCGACAUGAACGGCUGAACAGACAUGCCCUCCAUCUCCGAGCUGUCAACCCCCGUCAGAAUCUGCAGACGCGC